CAGCCGGCGGCAACAGCAGCCAUCGCCUCCGCCGUCGCCAAACUCUCCUCGUCAACCAGAGGGUGCCUCGCCGCCGGCAGUGACAUACAUAGGGUUAGCUCGAAGCUCUUGGUCGUCCAUCCUCCGCUCCUCCACGUCGUCGCAUUUGGACUUGCAGAUGGAAGCGGGGUCGGUUGGAUUCCUCCAUCGGGUGGAUUCCUCCAUUGCAGAUUGAAGCAUCGGCCAUUGUUGGCUGAAAGAAUGCAGUCCAACUCACCGAAGGAUUAUUUGAAAAGGUAUCAAAGUAAGACUGAAGAUGAGAAGAAAAGUAAAAAGAAGAAGGAGCAGAAGCAGAAAAGUCAGCCAAAACCUAGUGGCUUGUUAGUUGUGGAUGAAGAUCCCACCUGGCAGAAACCCGUAGAUCUCGGGGAAGAAAACGAUGAGAAAUCGUCUGAUGAGGAGAAACCAAUUGUUGAUGAAGAUAUUGAAGUGAAGCGUAUGAAGAGGCUUGAGCAGCUGAGGGCUAUAUCUCAGGAUGGAAGUGGUUGGAUUUCACUUUCUGAUUUGCAAGAUAUUUCUCCACCCCGUGGUCGUCGUCAUGAUUCUCCAAUGAGACACUUGGCAUCCCCAAGGAAACGGCAGAAGGAUGUUGCAAGAGGGAGUUUGGCUGUCAGUGACAGAAAAACAGGUUUGAUUUCUGGUAAAGAUAUCAGAGAAGAGAUUGACAAAAAGAAGAAGGAUGAUUUGAUGAGAUUUAAAAUGAUGAAUCCUUCAAUCAGUGGGCGUGGUGCUGAACCAGUAUAUCGUGAUAAAGUAAAAGGAGUACGCAUUUCCAAGGAAGAAUACGUGAAGUCAAAACAGAAAGUAGAAGAAAAGCCAAAGGAGAAGGAAAUAGAAUGGGGCAAGGGCUUGGCUCAGAAGAGGGAAGCUGAGGCUAGGAUGAAGGAACUAGAAACUGAGAAGGACAAGCCUUUUGCACGCAGCAGGGACGAUCCAGAACUUGACAACAUGCUCAAGGAUAGAUUAAGAUGGGGUGAUCCUAUGGCACAUUUGGUAAAGAAAAAAUAUCCAGAGCCUGUUCUUCCAGAUUUGGGAGAAGGUGAGAAGAUGAAAGAAUCAGGUUUUGUUGUUCCGCAAGAUAUUCCAGAUCACAGCUGGUUGAAAAGAGGUUUAGAUGCUGCACCAAAUCGCUAUGGGAUAAGGCCGGGACGACAUUGGGAUGGAGUUGAUCGUAGUAGAUAAUCCUAUGCUACUCAAAUGCAGCAUAUUAAGAAGUAUGCUAAUAUGCUAUUUUAACUAAGUCUCGGCUGGGGAUGUAUAGGUUUUUUUUUUUUCUUUGGACAUGUGGGAUUGUAUAGGUUUGUUCAUAGGAAAGAGAUUUUGGUAGGGAAAAGAUUUUUUGUUCUCGGAACAACGCUAAUUGGCCUAGUCCUUGACCCAUUGAAGAGCCCAUUGUGUCUAAUUUUAAUGCAAACCCUUUGGUAUACGGGUCAGCCGCCGGCAAGGAAGCUGAAAACGUGCGUGCUGACGCAAACAUGUCAUUCAUUGAAUUUCUUGGAGUAGGUGGUGUACAGAGAACCUUUUUGCUGAUGUAAUAAAGUAGGGAAGAAACAAAAUG